UCCCUCACAUUAUUACGCAUGGCUCUGGUUUUGCGCAAAAAAUCGACUGUAACACCUUCUUAGAAGAAGCUGAUGGGAUUCUAAUAAAAAUAAAACACUAAAGAAACGGUUUAAGGAUUUCUCAAGACAUUAUUCUCCAAUAAUGAUCUCCACACGCAGAACAGGAUUUCCUCUUCGUGCCGUGUAAUUAUACAGCUGUCCGUGUAGGUCCGACCCGUUAUCCGAAAUUCUCAUUUUACAUAGAGAUGGAUCUGUGGGGAGUUUAUCUGUUUCAUCUCAUAACUUUGGCUCUGUUAGAGGUUAUACUGGCCGGCAGAGACUGCUUGGUGGCUGGAGACUCAUGCUCAAGUGAUGAGGCUUGUAGUCCACGUCUGCGGACUUUGCGUCAGUGUGUGGCGGGCAAUGGCAGCGUGAAGCUGGGCCCCGGUGCCAGGAGCCAGUGUGCCAACGCAGUGUCCGCCCUGCUGUCCAGCCCCUUACAUGGCUGCCAGUGUAAAAGGGGCAUGAAGAAGGAGAAGAACUGCCUGAGCAUCUACUGGAGCCUUCAUCAGUCCAUCAUACAUGGACUCAACCUGGUGGAGAGUUAUCCCUAUGAGACUGUGCAUAGGGAUUACGACUAUGUCCGCUUGGCCUCUAUUACAGCUGACUCAGAUGUUGGCAUGACAACUGUGAAUCGCUGCCUGGAUGCGGCCAAGGCUUGCAAUGUGGACGACUUGUGCCAGAAGCUCCGCACAGAAUAUGUGUCAGCUUGUAUCAAACCCACUGCCAAGUCGGGCUUGUGCAACCGGCCUAAAUGCAAUAAGGCUCUGCGCAGGUUCUUUGACCGCGUCCCCGCCGACUACACACACGAACUGCUCUUCUGCCCCUGUACGGACACAGCAUGCGCAGAGCGUCGAAGGCAGACUAUUGUACCCAGUUGCUCUUAUGAAAGCGUGGAAAAACCCAACUGCAUCCCACAGAUGAGGAUCUGUAACGCUGACUAUGUGUGCAGGUCUCGCCUAUCACAGUUCCAGUACGAUUGCGAACCCUCCAAAACAUCUGCCAAUGGAUGUAAGCAAGGGAACUAUGGAGCCUGUCUUCUCGCCUACACAGGGCUCAUAGGAAGCACAAUAACUCCCAACUAUAUCGACAACUCAACUUCCAGCGUGGCUCCGUGGUGCUCGUGCUCGGCCAGUCUGAGCCGGGGAGAAGACUGUGACCAUUUCCUGGGAUACUUCACCGACAACAUCUGUCUCAGGAAUGCUCUUAUGACGUUUGGAAGUGAAUCUGAACAGCAGCCAACUGUCAGCCAGUCCCAUUCACCCAGCUCCGGCCACAGCAGCAGAGAAAACAGGAGCACCGCGUCUCCACCAGAAACCAUUGAAACUAUGAGGAACAUUCUGGAUACAAUAAUACCAACACAGGCCCUGGGAAAUGAGCUACUAGUGGGCCAGUCCACCCUGCCAUCCAACAGCCUCCCAAACUCUGCUUCACCUCCCAGCUUAAUGCUUCAAGCUGCCUUCAGCCUUCUGUUGUUCCUCCUUCAUCUGCUCAACAAUGGACACUAAAGACUGCAGGGGGCGCGAUGAGGACCCUCCUAGUACCAAGCAGAUGGGAGGACCAGUGCAGUUCAGAGGAAAAUGGACCGUGUGGCGUUACUCCUCCCUCUAAACAUGUACAGCAAUUCUGUUUUUCUAUUUUUGUGUCUAAGUGGUCCAGUUCCACCUGCCAGUGUGCUCUCAGACUGUGGGAGACCUCUGCAGACCGAAGCCAGUCUGUACAUUUCUACAUUGUCGUUGCAAUCAAAUCAAGCCGAAAUGAAGUCUGAGUGUCGCUAUUGUGGACUAACGCAGCUCUCAGCUAUCAAACUGUCUCCAUUUUCAAGUUAUUAUGAAAAUAUACUGCAGAUAUGUAUGAUACAAAGAUAAGAAGUAUGUCAGUACAUGUGAAGAUUUGUGUUAUCAACAAAAGCUCUUUGAAAUAUUGUAAAGGGAAAUGGUCGGGGGAGACCAGUGAGCUUUGUGACUGCUCUGUUCUUAGCACACAAAGUGAUUGGAAAGCUGCUGGAGUAUCUUUAAUACAACUCUCCCUCAAUGGACUGAAAGAGAACUAUUAUUUCUGAUCAAUACUGGAAUUUGGACCGCCAUUUUGCUCAGAUAUCCAUAACCGAUGCCAUGAUUCUUAUAUGACCUGCAGCACUAUCUAGAAAGCGUGGCAAACCAGAGUACGCAAGACAAAGAAUGACAUCAUAAUUGUCCUCUCAAUCAAGACUGUUGCCCUUUGUCAAACUAUCUCACACCACUUUAUCUGUUAUUGCUAAAGCUGUACUUGAAGCAGUAUCUCUUUACAUGUAGCUGCUGUACUGUGUGUUUGUGAGCGUAAUACCCUUUUAUUUCUCAUUGUGUCAGUGAACAUUGCUUUACGGGGCUCUGGGUGUUUGUAUCAGAGAAUUAAGUGAAUGGUUUGACUUAGCGAGCGUCGCCAACUCCACUACGGAGCCUGUUUGAGAUUAGACAGUUAUGAAUGAUUCAGUAUUUUCUGUUCUGGGUACUUGCCAGAUAAUUCUGAACAGGACCAGAGGUGCUGCAAAUAAAAAGUUCUCAGAUAAUUAUGUUUACACAUUAGCAUCAUUAAUUCUUUUUUAAAUGACAAAUGCUUGGUGGUGUUGAAGUAAGUCGUCUGGAGAGAGAGAAGAAACACAACUGGAAUACAUUGUUUACCUAAACUAACACUCACAUGACUUCCACAGCUCUAUAGAGUGCAUUAUUUGAAAUGAGAAUAUAUAACAGGAUUUACAGCAUAAUCCAGCCAUUAGUGACCCAAGAUCUUCUUUCAAACAAUCUGUCUCGCUAAAAGCUUAUCAGCCGCUUCACUUCAGAUCUACUAAACUUAUGCAAUGCUUUUCUGGACCUCAAAUAAAGUUGUUUAAGGACAAUAUAAACACAUUUUAACCUAUAAAAAGGCAUUGAAGCAUACUAAUUUACCAGAACUAUUUGUUGGUUAAUUUAUCCCUCAUCUGACAAAUUAAGAAAUACUGAAUUCAAUGGCCAGAAGAAGCACAAGGAGUGAGCCAGAAAGAGCUGUCUUUGUUUACUUGUUUCUGUUUAUACUCAGAAGGAAAUGUGAUGACUUUAGAUUCUGCUGACAAUCACCCUGAACCCUCCACUGUUUCAUUGCUUCCAUUUUGCCUUUAGUUUGCUGGAAACAGACAAUUAACAGUCUCCAUAAUUAAACCCUGGUUGGAUGAUGUAAUUAUCUUCUGGUUGUUAAUUAUGAGGUAGAAACAAACUGCACUGUCAAGGAGCAUGACUGUGUGUUAAGUGGGAAGAGGAAAACAAUACUGCAAUGAACCAAUGAAAAAUUGCAGCAAUGGCAAUUGAAAUACAAAAUCAAUUAUAUAUCAUAGGCUUAUAGGUCAAUGGAAUGGAGCUUCAUCCUGUUACAGUUUGGAUUUAAUGUAGGCUUACUUUCAACAGCAUUUCAGUAGUUUUCAUACACAUUAUGAGAUAUUUAAGUAAAUAUUUGGAAAUAUUGCCAUUUAAAUUACUGAUCAAAUAUUUUGAGCCAUAACUACUCUUUAUUUUGGAAGUGAAAAAGAAAGCCUAAAAUGUUCUCAUGUUGUUAUCAAAUGUAAGACUGGAGACCAUGUUGCAAUGGGAUCACGCCAGCCGUGACGCCAAAUUGGGCUGGAGGCGUAAAGUGGGUUGGCCACUUUCGUCUCAUUCGCCAGGAGACCACCCUGCCAGGAGGAGAGCAGUCCGGGGGCGGUGGCUCAGGAAACGGACCCCCAGUCAGAAGCCGAAUUCAGCCACCAACAAACCACACGGCAGAAUUUCAGCCUGUUAACAUUCAACAUAUUGUAAAGAAUUUGACAACAAAUAGGCCACACCAAAAGGACGUUGGUUGACGUCACUGCUAAAUUGGAGUAGAUGUCAAUCCAGAGAAGAUUUAUUGUUCCCGACUAUUAAAAGUCUGUUUCCUCUCUUCUUCAGAAGGAGAAGACAGGAUCCAACAUGACUAAGAGUGAACAUAAGAGUGAAUGCUAGAAGCUCCUCGAGGCUCCAUCAUACACAGAAUCACAGCCGUGCAUUGAGCUAAAUGCUAACGUCAGCAUGCUAACAUUGUCACAAUGACAGUAUUAAAAUGCUGAUGUUCAGCAGGUAUGAUGUUGGACCAUGUUCACUAUCUUAGUUUAACAUUUCCUAAAUGAACACUAAACACAAAGUACAGCUGAAGCUGAUGGGAAUAUCAAUGUCUGCUAAGGAGUCUCCAGUUAUUAUAAUUCAUCCUUAGGGGAACAUGAAUGUCAUUUCCAAACCUCCGCAGUCCAUAGUUGUUGAGUUAUUUCCGUCUGGAUCAAAGUGGUGGGCAGACCAAUAUUACCAUCCCGAGAGCCACACUGCUAACAAGGCUAUUACAA